AUGGUACGAUUUCUGGUUCAAGUGCCUGCCUUGUGUCUGGUACUUAGUGCUGUAUGCGCAAAUGCAAAUCCCCUGAAAGACCUGGGCAUUGGUGUUAAGAAACGCGUACCCGAAGAAGAGUGUCUGUACAAAGCACGUGGGGGUGAUACUGUGCAUGUACAUUAUACGGGUAAAUUGCUUGAUACAGGAGAGCAAUUCGAUAGCUCUCGGGAUAAGGAUAAGCCAUUCUCAUUCCGCGUGGGAAGAGGGCACGUGAUAGCUGGUUGGGAUAAGGGCGUGCUUGGUAUGUGUAUAGGGGAGGAUCGCAAGCUCAAAGUUCCAGCAGCAUUAGGAUACGGAGAGCGUGGUUCGCCGUCAAAAAUCCCCGGCAAUUCUGACUUGGUCUUCGAAAUUACUCUAUUGGAGAUCGAAAGACUGGGUGACAAGCUAUCACAGAAAUCUGUCCCUCAGGAGGAAGAAAUGGUCAGUGAGGAAGAAGAGCCUCUGAGCGAAAGUGAAGAAGGCGCAGACGACGGACAAGUCAAGGACGAGUUGUAA